AUGCAGAGCGGCGAGAACUGGUCGGCGAAUGGAAAGUCAUUCUCGCUUGCUCGCAAAAACGUUACCCCAUUCGGGAAUGGGGUAAGGGCUAAACCCGCAGGGUUCCGCGCCGCCCGUGGGGACCACCUUUCAUGUAGUUUCCGAUUCGGAGAACCACCUUUGCUGGGUCGCCAUUCAUCUUCUUGGUGCCGCCUCGCAUCGCUCGCAGCCAUGGCGCGUAACGAGGAGAAGGCGAACGCCGUGCUUAAUCGCUUCUGGGCCGCGAAGCAGGACGAGAAGCGCAAGCCGCGGGAGAAGCGCCCGUUCCUCGCGUCCGAAUGCCACGACCUAUCAGACGCGGACAAAUGGCGGCAGCAGAUCUUGCGCGAGAUCGGACGGCGAGUAACCGAGAUUCAGAACCCCGGGUUAGGCGAGCACCGAAUUAAGGAUCUUAACGACGAGAUUAACAAGCUUAUACGGGAGAAAGGGCACUGGGAGAAACGGAUAGUUGAGCUUGGUGGCCCGAAUUACGCGAAACAAGGGCCGAAAAUAACUGAUGCGGACGGCAAAGAAGUCGGCGAUGGAGACGACGAGCUGCCGGCCGGCUCCACGACCGGCAAGGGGCUUGGUUACCGUUACUUCGGCGCUGCGAAAAAUCUGCCGGGCGUUCGCGAGCUUUUCGAGAUGCCGACAGCGCCGACUAAGAAGCGGAAUCGGUACGAGCUUUAUAAGCGUAUCGAUAUGGAUUAUUACGGGUACAGGGACGAGGAGGACGGGAUCUUGACGCGGCUCGAGACGGAGGCUGAGCGGGAGAUUAUAGAGAAGUCGGUGCGAGAGUGGGAGGCGCUCGAAGCGGUUAAAGCCGAGGCACGCCGCGCCGUGAAAAGCGGGGAGGAAGCUUCGAUCCGGGUACAGGCGGAUCUGCUAGACGAGCUCGGCGCGCCGAUCGAGACCCGGGAAUCGCGGGAGCGACGCGGGGUCGUAGCACAAGAGAGAGAGGUAGCGGACGAGGAGGAAACGGAAGAGGAUCGCGAGGAAUCGACGGAGCGCGCGAGGCGCGAGGAGGCGGCGUUAGACGCGGCGGAAGAGGCGGCGCUGGAUGCGGUGGGCGGGCGGCGGUUCGUGGCGCACGUGCCGCUGCCUGAUGAGAAGGAGAUCGAGCGAAUGGUGGUGGCGAAAAAGAAGGCGGAGCUCUUAAGUAAGUACGCGAGCACGGAGCUUGUGCAGGAGGAGGAGGAGGCUAAGGAAUUGCUGAAUAUCAAGCGCUGGCGUGGCACGAUUGGAGGGGACGUGGCAUGUAUGGGUGGAGGCGAGCUGAUGCAGGAAGAGGAGGAGGGGAAGAGAAGAGGUUGGGAAGGGGAGGAGGAAGAGGAGGAGGAGGAGAAACUGUGGGGAGGGGAGAGAGGAGAGAAAACGAGAGGAGAUGGUGAAAGAGAGGAGGCGAGGUGGAGGAGAGGAGGAAGGCGAGAAGAGAGGAGGAAGGAGAGAGGAGAGGAGGGAGGAGAGAGAAGAGAGGAGGAGAGAAGUAAGGACAGAGGAGGAGAGGAGGAAGGAGAAAUGAGGAGAGGAGGAAGGAGAGAGGAGGAGAGGAGGAAGGAGAGAGGAGGAGAGGAGGAAGGAGAGAGGAGGAGAGGAGGAAGGGACAGGUAG